AGGGGCCGAUGAGAAGCAGGAGAAGGGAAGGACAGAGACCGUGAGAGAGGAGGUUAGUGAUCGACGGGGUGCUGCCUGUGGAGCGGAGCCGGAUACCGACUAUUUUUAGCCCCAAGGACCCCCCUCCAGCCUCAGAGGGGACCUAGCCCUUCCUGCUUCACGGCAGCCCGCGCACCGGGCGUCCUGUGCCUCUGAAGACGUGGCAACCCCCAGGUCCUCUGUGGGCCCGCCCCCACUGUGAGUCUGUUUCCCCGGCAGUCCAGGUCGCCCAGCUCCCUCCAUCCCUCCCCGGCCCCGGGCCGGACUAGUGCCCGCACGCCCGUCCUCCCGGCUCGGGCUCCCGGACAGUGCGGCGACCGCAGCGGCCCCAUCCAUUCAUCAUCGCCAGAGCAAAUCAUCUCUCUGCCCCUACCAGGUGUGCCAGAAGCAGUGCCAACCUGCCCCCCUGCAGCCUCGGCUCCAUGGGGUGGUGACCCCCCCCACUCUGCUCCAGCGCCAUGUGGCCCAACAGCAGUGCUCUGGGGCCCUGUUUCCGGCCCAUGAACAUCACGCUGGAGGAACGGCGCAUGAUCGCCUCUCCAUGGUUUGCCGCCUCCUUCUGCCUGGUGGGCCUGGCCUCCAACCUGCUGGCCCUGACCGUGCUGGCAGGCGCGCGGCAGGGCAGCUCCCAGACGCGAUCCUCCUUCCUCACCUUCCUCUGUGGCCUCGUCCUCACCGACUUCCUGGGGCUGUUCAUCACCGGUGCCAUCGUGGUGUCCCAGCACGCCAACCUCUUUGACUGGCACUCCGUGGACCCUGGCUGCCACCUCUGCCGCUUCAUGGGCGUGGUCAUGGUCUUCUUCGGCCUGUGCCCGCUGCUGCUGGGGGUUGCCAUGGCCUCGGAGCGCUACCUGGGUAUCACGCGACCCUUCUCACGCCCUGCGGCUGCCUCGCAGCGCCGUGCCUGGACCACCGUGGGGCUGGUGUGGGCCGCCGCGCUGGCACUGGGCCUGCUGCCCCUGCUGGGCGUGGGCCGCUACACUGUGCAGUACCCGGGCUCUUGGUGCUUCCUCACGCUGGGCCCGGAGCCUGGAGACGUGGCCUUCGGCUUGCUGUUUGCACUCCUUGGCAGUUUCUCUGUGGGGCUGUCCUUCCUGCUCAAUACCAUCAGUGUAGCCACUCUGUGCCAUGUGUACUACGGGCAGGAGGCCGCCCAGCAGCGGCCACGGGACUGCGAGGUUGAGAUGAUGGCUCAGCUCACCGGCAUCAUGGUGGUGGCCAGUGUCUGCUGGAUGCCGCUGCUGGUCUUCAUCGCCCAGACGGUGCUGCGGAGCCCGCCAGCCAUGAAUGCAGCUGGACAGCUGUCCGAAGCCACGGAGAAACAGCUGCUCAUUUACCUGCGUGUGGCCACCUGGAACCAGAUCCUGGACCCCUGGGUGUACAUCCUGUUCCGCCGGGCUGUGAUCCGGCGCCUGCACCCCGGCCUUGGUGCCCAGGCCAGGUCACUGUCAAUGCAGCCCCAGCUCAACCGGAGGCCCACCGUGGCAUAGAGCCAGGGGCAGACAUCAGUGGUGGCUCUGGAAGGACAGCCAGACAGAGUGCCCUGCUGCGCGUCCCCCAUUCAACCUCGGUCCUCCCUGACAGUCACGUCCGCCCAUUCUGAAGUCCAGGAGCUGGCAGUGUGGGAUAGACAGAGGGUGCAAGUGGCAAGAUUGUGAGCUAUGUUCCAUCAGCCCUGAGGACCCCCAGCUCUUCCCUGAUCCCCUUUUCCAAGGCCCCUCCCUUCUCUCAGCCCCCUCCCAACUCCAGGAAGGGUGAGGGGGGGUGUAGGGGGGUGUCUGGAGGCAGUUAGACUUGUAAGCCUUCCCUUCAGAAGUCCUCAGGAAAUUAGGGGUUCUGACCACUAAAUGUGACCUAUUCUCUGAGGAGCAGUUGAUCCCCUUUGACACCCCAACCCGAGAAGGCUCUGUCUAGAAAAGAUUGAAUGUAAAUGGGCAGGACACCCCCUCUUUUGCCAAAAUAUAACUCAGCCCAGCUUUAUUUUCCUUUGAGUCUGGAAGUCAGUUGGCAUUUGUGGAAGUUCGGUGCACCGUGUUGCUCUCCAGCUGUGCAGCAGCUGAGAACAGGACGGGGGAAGGGCAGAGGGCGGAGCCGCGUUCUGUCUCCUCUCCCCUCAUCCUUUAUCAUGUCGGCUCUCCCAGAACCCUCCCUACAGCCCCUAGAGAGGGUCCUGGUAUUAAACCCACUUUGCACGGGAGGAAAAGAAAAGGAGAGCCCUGCCUGGUGUGGCCCAGUGGAUUGAGUGCCAGCCUACACACCAAAGGGUCACUGGUUCAAUUCCCAGGCAGGACACAAGCCUAGGUUUAGGCUGGGUCCCCAGCAGGGGGCACACGAGAGGCAACCACACUGCUGUUUCUCUCCCUCGCUUUCUCCCUUCCUUCUCCUCUCUCUAAAAAAUAAAUAAACAAAAUCUAAAAAGAGAAAAGAAAGGGAGAGAUACACACAAGACCAUGAAAUGAUGCCUGCUUCCUCCACUCUGGAUGGAGUCAUUCCCUCAUAAGCUUAUCAUUUAGCCAUUCAUCCACCUAACACUCAGAUUACCAGUGCCUUAAACAAACAGCACCUGACCCACAGUAGGUGCUCAAUAAAAACUGACUGAAUGGACGAAUGAAUGGAGCUUUUGAGGAGGGCCAUGUAUGUGCAAGUACAUGAGUACAUGCACAGUGAGUAUUUGUAAAGCACCUGGCACACAGUAGAUACUUAAGAAGCAGCCAGUGUUGUCAUAGCUCCCUGGAGCCUCGUGCCUGUUGCUUCCUCUGCUUUCCCCCAAACUCCCUCAAAAACCUCACACCUGGUCGGUCCUGCCUGAUGUGGCUCAGUUGGAGCCGUCCCAUGAAGCAAAAGUUCGCCUGUUCAAUUCCCAGUCGGGGCACAUGCCUGGGUUGCUUGUUCGGUCCUAACUGGGGUGUGUACAAGGGGCAACCCAUCAAUGUUUCUCUCACAUAAAUGUUUCUCUCCCUCUCCUUCUCUCUCUAAAAAUAAAUAAAAUCUUUUUAAAAAAGGAUUAAAAGUAACAAAAAACAAAAACCA